UCUAUUUUGCUGUUUUCAUGUCACAGCAGGGGACAGGUGGAUUAAAAGGUUUCCCCGAUGAGAAUUAAUCAUCCGUGGGGAGGCUCCGUGAUCGUGACUAUGAUGAUGAUGUCGAGUAAGAGCGUGGAGUGGCUGCAGGAGGAGCUGGAGUCCGGGGCCAGCUCCCUGCUCCUGCUGGACUGCAGACCGCACGAGCUGUACGAGUCCUCGCACAUCGAGUCGGCCAUCAACCUGGCCAUCCCGGGCCUCAUGCUCCGGAGGCUGAAGAAGGGAAACCUCCCCAUCCGCUCCAUCAUCCCCAACAACGAGGACAAGGAGAAAUUCGUCAAGCGCUGCAAGACGGACGUGGUGGUCCUGUACGACGAGGCGACCCCCGAGAGGCAGGAGUCCGGGAUGGGGAGCUCCGUGCUGGGGCUGCUCCUGCAGAAGCUCCGGGACGACGGCUGCAAGGCUUUUUAUCUGGAGGGGGGCUUUAACAAGUUCCAGUCUGAGUACCCCGAGCACUGCGAGACCAAUCUGGACUGCUCGUGUCCCAGCAGCUCGCCGCCGACCUCCGUCCUCGGCCUCGGGGGACUCCGCAUCAGCUCCGACUGCUCGGACGGGGAGUCGGACCGCGAGCCGGGCAGCGCCACCGAGUCGGAGGGCAGCCCGCUGCCCAGCAACCAGCCGGCGUUCCCCGUGCAGAUCCUGCCGUACCUCUACCUGGGCUGUGCCAAAGACUCCGCCAACCUGGACGUGCUCAGCAAGUACAACAUCAAGUACAUCCUCAACGUGACGCCCAACCUGCCCAACAUGUUCGAGCACGAGGGGGACUUCAAGUACAAACAGAUUCCCAUCUCCGACCACUGGAGCCAGAACCUCUCGCAGUUUUUCCCCGAGGCCAUCUCAUUCAUCGACGAGGCCCGCUCCCAGAAGUGCGGCAUCCUGGUGCACUGCCUGGCCGGCAUCAGCCGCUCCGUCACCGUCACCGUGGCCUACCUGAUGCAGAAGCUCAACCUGUCGCUCAACGACGCCUACGACUUCGUCAAGCGGAAAAAGUCCAACAUCUCCCCGAACUUCAACUUCAUGGGCCAGCUGCUGGACUUCGAGCGGACGCUGGGCCUCAACAGCCCCUGCGACAACCACUCCGCCUCGCCCACGCACGACCAGCUCUUCUUCACCACGCCCACCAAUCACAACGUGUUCCAGCUGGACACGCUGGAGUCCACAUGAGGGCGGGGCGGCGGGAACCAACGGCCGCGCCGGUGGAGAGCGGCCGCUUUUUAGUGAAUGUUUGGGCCUCUUGGGGCUCGACGCCGGAGAGCCCGGCCGCGGAGCAGCCGCCGUGCGGCGGCGAGGCUCAGAGAAGCCACGGUUAAAGAGGACAGGGAGAUUUUUUUUUUUUUUUCUUUUUUUGUUUUUUCGACCCAGAGAGGCGUGACUGUGUGUUUACAAAGGCUUCCUCCUCAGCGUUGAUUUGAACUGAGGACGGGAUAAACCCUGAUCGCUUGUCUGGUUAGGCGAGAACAAGGGAGGCUGGAGUGAGGGACUGACGGCUCGCAGCGGGACGCGCCGCUUCGUACGAAGAGAGGAAGACGCAACGCGGCGGCUGGAGGAGGCGACAGCUUCCUCUCUGUCUUUCUGCCUCGGCUCUCCAGCUGAGCGGACUGGUGCCAAGUGGAGAAUCUGGGAUUUACUCGUAGGAAAUCUCGCUCUACUGAAUGUAGAGUUUUUCAAAACCAAGGAAUUUACACACACACACACACACACACACACACACACACAUAAACAAAGUAUGUAUGUUUGUACCGUAUGUAUGUUAACGUACAUUGCAGAAAAUGUAUGGGCAGUCCUUAAGGAAUUCAGUAUGUCUUUAUGCAUUUUUGUAUAUUUUUAUGUACAUUUACGCACAGAUCUAUACCUUAUAUGAAUAUAAACACAUAGAAAAUCUUAUCUUUGUCCAAAACAACAGAGUAAUUCAAUCCAAUAAUGGCUUAAGAGAUUGUAAACCUAAAGAAGGGGAAUGGGUGUGGAGAGCGUUGUCUUUUUCUUUUCCUCUUCGGUUCUGUUUUCCUGUGGGUCCGUAGUGACCUAAUGCGGUUUGCACAGUGGUGGAGCCAUCGACUUGUUGGCACUUGGAGCCUGUCGCUGGAAGCAGGCGGAUAAAGAGACAUUGAGAGCGGAGGAGGCCAGUCCCAGGCUGCGACGAGUCCUGACAGCUGCACGGCGCGGUGGGGAGGGAGCAGGAACUGGUUACCCCCCCCCCCCAACCCACCCCACCCACCCCAUCCCUCCCUCCACAACCCCCAUCCAGAGCACCGGUUCAGGGUUCAGCCAGCCGGGGGGUGGGUGGGAGGGGACCGAGGAGUCAGUCGACCUGUGACCGAGCGGUUCUCGGUUCCCGGUUCCGUCUUCUCUCCCGUUAUGACUGUUGAUCCAGUUACUGUUUCCACCAGCUCCUCUCGCCCGUUUCAUUUCAGUUAGGAACUGAGCGCCGCCAGUACUCUGUGCUUGAACCGGUUCCCUAACAGGUUUGGCGGCAGGUUCACACCGGUUAGUGCGAAGGCAGCGUCACCACAUGUGAGUGUGCAUGGAUGAACGAAUGAACGAGUGAAUGACUCAUACAAGGAGAGACAGUGAGCGCGACUCUUCAGGCAGCUUAUCUUAGUAGCCACGGGCUCAUAGGAACCUCAGCCUUCUGAAAACCGGCACUGCAGGCUCGUCUCAAAGCCCUCCUGAGUCCAUUUCUCUCAGCGUUUCUGAGAAAGACGCCUGGAAGCAGAAGGGCCGAGUGGCCGAGCUACCCGGACCCAGUGCCGGGAGCCUGACGGCGUCACUCAGAUCCCCUCCUGCAUCAGAACGCUGACAGAAAUGGUUUCCCGGGGUCUCGGCGGGACUUCUCCGUGCGAUUGUGGCGUUGUGCGCUGGGACUGGCCUCAGCUUCAGACUGCUCUUACCGAUCUGCAGCGGUGGAAACAGACGGUCUCCAAAUCACCCAUUUCAUCAAAGAAAGCUUUGUAGGAGUCCAUUCACCCUUAAGCCUUGGGUAUAUUAUAUGAAAGUUAUAUUAAAUACAAAUGAAUAUAUAUAGAUAUUUAUAUGAUAGAGUGACUAGUAAAACAGAUCUAUAUUAUUUUGUAUACCUGAGCAUGCUGUGGUGCUGUAUGCUCUCUAACAGUAGACGUAACCACGGGUUGGAUGUUGCUUUAACCGGAGGAACGACAAAACAAACGAGGACCGUUUUUUUAACUGCUGUUGCCGCCGUCACGGCGCACAGCGUGUGGCCGAGGCGUUUUCUGAGACAGCGUCCACAUCUGUAGCACUUAUACCAAAAAGAGAUUCAAUGCGCUUUGAAAAAAAAAAAAAAUAUAAAAGAAUCAUCUGGAAGACAAAUGAGAAAACCCCCCCACGGCGGUUUGAAGAGUUUUUCCUCCCAAUUAGAGAAGUGGAGCUGGGUCCACGAACGCAUCGGGCCUCAUGGGAAAAAAAACAAAAAAGAGACAUUUUCAUUUUCUUCCUCUUUGCGCGAACAUACUGAAAAUGACUGAUGAAUACAAACCAUCUGUUCUCCGGGUCGUAUAAUCCUGAAAUCCACACCUCGGAGUCGUCACACCAAGCCACUUCCAGGUUUCAGACACGAAAAAAGAAAAGGAAGAGAGAAAAAAGUGAACAUCAAACUGCAGAAUUAAGGAGACAAAACACAGAAGCAGACUUUCUGCUGCAGCAUCAGAUGCCAGGAAACGUGUUUUCAAGGUGAGGCGGAGACAAACGAGCCGGCAGCGCUGUGCUACAGGUGGUGUUUUCUCAGUGCCAGGUGUGAGGGAGGAUAUAUUUAACUCCGCGGUGACCCCGGCGCCAAGACGCUGAGGCAGCUGCUGGGAGGAAACCGAAGUCCUGCCGUCAGACGUUUCACAAACCUGGAGGUCGAGGCGUCCGUUACGCCGGUGUGGGGACUCCGAUGACACAGCCGGACUGCAAUCACACGGAUAAUCUCCAGAUUUAUGGAGGAUUAUGACUGUUUUUUGGAGAGAAAAAAAUAUUUCUAUUAAGUUUUAAAUAAACUGAAGUUUCUUAAUUUCAACUAAAUUAAAGUAAAUUUUAGGUUUCUCAUUCUAAUUGUUCAGAUGCACCUGAUAUAUUUGUGGCUCUCUUAAAUUCCUGCAGUGCACAUCUGUUAGUUUAUUUUCUACAUUCAUCAUUACAACUCUGGACCAAACCUUUUAAAAAAAACCCUUUCGAGUUUAACCAAAUCCUUUUUUUUUUUUUUUUUUGCACGAGGCUCGAUGUUCCCAGCCAGAUAUUUAGGCCUUUGAAGCAGAGAUCUGGACGAGGUCUGCACAGAAACAAAGAAGCGGGUUUCAGAGGGCACAGCAGUAGGAUCUGAUGAGCGUUGGUUUUUAGCUGGCCUUAUAUAAUCUUUCUAACUUGUUUCUAAUGCUGACUGUUCAAUACUCUUUGUAUCUCACUUUAGGGAAGAAAAAA